CAGAAACAAAAUUGUCAAAAUUCGGUUCCUGUAUUUCCAAACUACAAAACACGGCAUUUUGACUUUGAAAAUGAUCCUUAACAACCUUUAGUAUCUUUCAUUUUCAACCCAUUCUCUCCACAAACAUCGUCUGUUUAGUGUUUACAGCAAUUUUCAACGGUUAAAAAAUUUUGCAAGUCAAUUUCUACUUACUUCCACAGCUACUUUGACGAAUAAACAUUAAAUAGCAUUUCAAUUCAGUUGGAUUUUUAAAUCCAUUAUUUUGUUUUUUAUGUUUUUGGUUUUUGUUUUCAAUUUUUUUCUUGAGCGAACAUCCAUCAUGUUACUUACCUUUACAAGCAUAAAGACCUGAUUUUCUCAGAAAGAAAUUUGAUUUUUCUUGGAUUUUGAGGGAAAAGAUUGGUGGGUAUUGAAGGAAAUUUGAUUUGGGGAGAUGGGUAAUUUCAUUUGCAAAACCAAGAAGGAUACUAAAUUGAAGGAGCAUGGAUCAGGAAGCAAGAGAGUGGGGAGGUCUCAGAGGAAGCUUUUAGCAGAAGAAGAGUUGUUGCAUAGGCAAGCUUUGUCUAUGGCGCUUCAGCAACAUCAAUUGUCUCAGCGGUUUGAGGGAUCCAUGUCAAGAAGAAUUGGAGGCUCGACAAGCUCUAGAAGACGCAAUCUUGGCGACCCUUUGUUGAAUUCAAAGCAGGCACCAAACAUUCUGGAGAAUAUCCAGUUUAAAAAAAUUAUACUAAUACAUGGAGAAGGGUUUGGAGCUUGGUGUUGGUACAAAACUAUUGCCCAAUUGGAGGAAGUAGGAUUGCAACCGACGGCUUUAGAUCUUACGGGUUCUGGUAUUGAUAUGACGGAUACCAACAAUGUCACUACACUGGCAGAGUACUCAAAACCACUGAUUGAUUAUCUCGAAAACCUGCCAGAGGGUGAAAAGGUUAUGUUGGUAGGUCACAGCAGUGGAGGAGCAUGCAUUUCAUAUGCAUUGGAGCAUUUCCCUCAAAAAAUUUCAAAGUCGAUUUAUCUCUGUGCUACGAUGGUGUCAAAUGGCCAGAGACCUUUUGACGUGUUUGCUGAAGAGCUUGGGUCUGCAGAGCGUUUUAUGCAAGAAUCCCAGUUUUUGAUAUAUGGAAACGGUAAAAACAAACCUCCUACAGGAUUCAUGUUUGAGAAACAGCUAAUGAAAGGGCUAUAUUUCAAUCAAUCACCAACGAAGGAUGUUGCCCUGGCCAUGGUUUCCAUGAGACCUACACCACUGGGUCCUAUUAUGGAGAAGCUGUCAUUGUCCCCUGAAAAGUACGGAACUGGCCGGCGGUUCUAUGUACAAACAUUGGAUGAUCGUGCCCUUUCACCAGAUGUCCAAGAAAAACUCGUGAGAGAAAACCCACCAGAAGGAGUCUUCAAGAUCAAAGGGAGUGACCACUGCCCUUUCUUCUCGAAGCCACAGUCCCUGCAUAAAAUAUUAGUUGAAAUUGUCCAAAUUCCAUAGCUUAAAUUUCUGAAACUGAGACAAAUAUUUGUAAAUUGUUCGCUUUACAGAAGACAGAAUUUGUUAAUUAUAUCGUUGGCUUUCGACAAGUUAGGCUAUUAUUGUA